UAGGAAACCACUCCUGCCAAAAUUACCAGCCUAAAGAUUCUGUAGUCAAUAAAAGAUGGCAACACGUGCAUAUUUCAUGAAGUCAGGUGCUGCCAUCUUUCAAUAUUAUGAUAGCCUCGUUUUGGUUCACAGCAUGUUGACUCUAUUAUCACCCAUUUGAAAACAUUUUGGUUCAAUUGGUCAUAAAAGACGGCCACAAUGACAUCAUUAGCGAAACAACUGGAACGUUUGGCCGUGCCUCAGAUUCAAGCAACACUUGCUGAUGACAGGCAGAAGGCCUCCUUGUUAUUUGAGCCAACAGAAGCCGCACUCAUUGAUAAGGAGACAUUCUAUGCAUUAGGUGUAAAUGGUUUGGAACAGCUUAUUAACCUUGACAAUGUAUUCAUGACAUUCGAAGACACAUUAUUCAACAAGUCUUCAAUCACCUUCCAAAGGAGCAUUCAAAUGAAAGAGGUGAAUGAUCGACUGGAUGGUCAGAUUAAAGAAUUCCUCUUAAGAGUAUCUCCAUACUUUUUGAUGACCCCAGCCCAGAAGGCAAUGGAGUGGCUCAUAUACAGGUACCAGAUGCACAUCUACAACAUUGAUGAACUUUUGAUGUGCAUUCUCCCUUACCACGAGACAAAGAUAUUCACAAGGGCGAUCCAGCUCAUCAAACUUGAUAACCCUGCCAGCAGGUGGCACUGGCUGUCUCCUAUACAGAAACCUGGCUUCCCACUAGCGAGAUCUACAGUUAUCAACCACUGUGCCAAAGAUCCUUCUUUCAUGACGUUUCUUUGCGACAUGAUACCACAGUACAUGAAGGUGUAUGGAAAAUUGAACACAAGACCUAUUCAGGUAGUUUUCUCAUUCUACGCAACAACCAUACUUGGUGCCCUCCAAGCUCAGCCAGUCACUGACACCAUCUUGGCCCACAUGUUGCCGUACCUGACACGAGGCUGUAAAUCUAAGUGCACCGACUAUCAGGCUGCCACCUAUAUGAUCCUGGCUCAGUUAAUGACCGUCACAAAAGUGAAGUUCUCACUCUUAGAGAAACUCAUGCCUGCCUUGACCAAACACAUAAAGUUAGAAUUAGCCUCAGAAGUGAUUGGGACUCUGGUUGUUAUCUGCCAGACACAGAAAGUGGAGAAACUUCCCAAAAAGACAUUCAAGCACAUGUGUAAGCUGCCUGGAGUAUUACAACAUUUGGAGAAUGUGUCAACCAGUUCAGUUAGUGACAACCUCAUUGGUCUGUUCCUGGAGAGACUCAUACCAGCUGCUCUAAAAGGCGACUCAUUGAACUACUCUGCCACCAGCAGUGAUGGGGAAAGUGAAUUAUCUCAGGGACCCCCACAGUACGCCUCCCUUCUUCUGAAUCUACUAACUGACCUCCCACUUAGCCAUGAUGUCAGCCAUAAAGUAGCAAAGACUUUACUGGAGGCCUACUUAGAUAAGAUGUCAGAGGAAAUGGGGGAUGACGAAUCAGCAGUGAAUGAGAAAUUCAAACCUCUACUUAAAGCAAUGCAAUCAAGAUAUCCUGUUGCCAUGGAUCUUACUCUUGAAGAAGCUAUUAAGGACCAGGAGAAGGACUAUGAUCCCAAGCUCCUGAGGGAGUUCUCUAUGCUUGGCUCUGCAACUGCCUUACACUCAUUGAUGCCUAGCUGUGAUUCUGGCCUUUUUCUCAGUUUGAAACACCCUACAGCUGCUGUCAGGAUUCUGGCAGUGAAGCAUCUUGGACAGCUGUUGAAAGAGAAACAGGUUGAAAUUGGUGAGGAUAAAGACUCAUUAUGUUCAGCCAUUUUGGAUAGACUUCAAGAUGACCAGCCUGAUGUUGUGCAUGCUGUACUCCAAUUGGAACAGGUACUGUUUGAUGUAUGUGAGGGCCAGAUUGAAGAGCUGUACAAAGUACUGGAAGAUAUCACCACAAAGAAUGAACAACAAACUAAAUGGUCCCAAGUCAUUAACCUCAUUCUGGAUCUGCGUCUGAACAAGGACACAAGCAAUGUAGAGAGAGGGACCAUUGAGAAGAAAACGCUGUUCAGUGUGUUGAAGUUCCUAUAUAUGACAAAGCUGAAUGAAGCCAAUAUGACCAGAAUGACUCUGAUUGUGAAGUCAAAGUUUGUGGCUCAACAUCCACUUCUCAAAAAUAUAUCUAAAGACUGGCUGAAGAUUCUUAAGUCUGGCAAAGACAAUAUGAACAAACUAAUCAGCUUGAAUCAGGCUGUUGUGCAAGACAUGGCUGCUGCAAUUGGUCAAGCAAACCAGAAGUUCUAUCAACAUGUUGAUGACUUAUGUGAAGCAGGGCACCUUCAAGAAGACAACCUUCCACUAGUUUGGUUAAUACUGUGUAUUCUCACCCACCCAUCCACCAACAAGACUCAGAAUGCCUUCCAAGGGUCACAUGACCAAUCUUCAGCAUUUGGAUUGCUCCGUAAAUUCCUGGAAAGGUUCACCAAGAAGGACAUGUUCAUAGAAGUGAACUCCGAGAAGCAGCUCCAUGUUGUCUGCACUGAAAGCAUUGCUUCUCAUGGUCACAUACAUUUCAGUGCUGUUGUGUUCCUUCUGAAGCAAGUAUUAAAGGGAAUGGGAACAGCUAGCACAUCUUUAAAAUCCCAGACAUGGUGGGACUUUGUUGACAGUGAAGAGAACUCAAAGUAUAUUCCAUGUCUUCUGGAGUUGUUCGACAUUUUGCUGGAGUGGUCAACUGUUAAAGGCAACGUCUGCAAACCUGCCUUCCAGGAACUGAUUCAAAUGUAUUUACAGACUUUCUUCCCUGAGGAGGACAAAAGCCAACUGUAUAAGUUCCUGAGUUAUGUUUGGUCCACCAAUGGAAGAUGGAAAUGGUGUGAGACACCAGGCCCUGUGAGUCCAGUAUUCCAGGCCAGGGCUCUUUAUAUAGGAUCAGUCAUCAUAGGAACAAACCCUAAGCUGGCAUGGAAGUCACACACAGUUCUAGCCAGUCUGUUGGUUGCCCUGUCUAGCCCUGAGGCACAGAUCAGACAAGGUGCCCUCCAGUGCUUGGCUGAGAUGGAGAAGGGAUCACCAGGAACAGCCUCUAUGUAUCCACUUGUGAAGAAACUGGUCAUCUGCCAGGAGGAAAUAAUAGCAGAUCAGACAUACGUUAAACAGGCAGUGGGAGUUCUAUUUUAUAAUCUGGAUCCUAACAACCAAUCCAAACAAACACCUAAACGUCAGAAGAAAGCUUUGGAGAGACGGAAUGCCCUUGAUGCUCUGUUGGAGGUUGUCCUGAAGCAAGAUACCCCAGAUUACAUCCAGGCCAACCUGUUAGAUGUGCUGUCUGUUGUCAAUGGAAAGAAUGUGUUGAGUCAACUGAUCCCCUUACUAGAUGCACUAACUCAGGUGAACAACACAACAUUGAGUGAGUACCAGAGAGCAUCAAUAGAGCAAAUCAUUCAGAAAUACACAUCGGAAACUGUGCCAUUGUUGGGUGAAAAUAAAACUUGUUUGGAGAUAUUACUGAAGUGUUUGCAUUUGAGUGAUAGCUUUACUUAUGGCGAAGGGUGUAACAGAAGAACAUAUCCAUCCAUUCAACAGCUGGUGUUGACACAGCUAUCAAAGGAGACCUAUGCAGCUUUCCCGGAACCUUCUAUACAGCAACGUAUUUUAUCAGAUUUGAUUGAUCUCUGGAGUUCCUGCAAAGAUGCAGAUGUUGCCCUUCAUUUCUCCAAAUGCAUUAAAAAGUUAUCAUUCACUGCUAGGGAGAUAGCUGUAGAGUUGAGAAAGUUGGAGUCACAAGAGGUUGUUACCAGUUUACGGCAUGCUAAAAAACUUAAAAGAACUUCCAAUCAAAAGGAAGAUAAGGAGAAACAGCAGUUGGAUGGUGCUGCAUGGAAACGUGUAACUCUCAUUCUUGAGCUUUUACAGUCAAAGAAGAAAUUACUUGAAGGAGAACUACUGAUCCCCGUGUUAUUUAGUACACUAGCAAACUGCCUGGAGGUUGAGACACAAUCCCUCGGCGAGUACCAGAAGCAGUUGAUCCUGUCAUGUCUCCACAAUGUAUGUACACAGCUGGCCACAGAGGGUGAGAGCAAUGUGUUGAGCCUGCUAGACACCCAGGAGUUCAAUGUUAGCCUACUAGUGCAAUGUAUUAGGACUUCAGAGAACCCGCAGACCCAUCACCAUGCACUCCUAGUGCUCUCACUCGCUGCAGGACUUUUCCCGGACCAUGUGCUCCAUAACAUCAUGGCCAUAUUUACAUUCAUGGGUGCCAAUACUAUGAGGCAAGACGACACAUAUAGCUUCCAAGUCAUCUUUAAAACCAUUGAGACUGUCAUACCAGCUCUGAUUAUGGCAAAUGAGAAAAGAGGUGUAGAAAGUAUUAAGUUGAACACAGUGGUAUCUGGGAUCAUCCAAGUAUUUACCAAUGCCUACCCCCACAUCCCCACCCACAGGACACUGCCAUUGUUUGAGAAGCUGCUCCUGACUGUAGGCCCCCAGAGGUUCCUUUGGAGCACAGUGCUGUUACUCGUAGAGAGUCAUAUCUCCAGGGCUGCUGCACAACCCAAGGCAGCAGAGGAACAGGAGAAUCGAAAAACUGGUGAACUUCCUGCAGAGAUGGAUUUUGUUGUGAAGUUGUGCUGUCAAUUUGACCCAAGCAUUAUUGUUGAGAGCUGUGAGAAAUCACUUAAGUAUCUACGAUCUUUGCCUGUAGAUAAAGAAGCGGCUACUAAAGUGGCCACUCCAGCCAGGUUAAGGAAGAACACUCCAGCAGGGAAUAGAAAAGAGCAGGAGUUUGUCAUAUUUGACAUGAACAACCACUCGUCCAGACAUUUCCGUCAGUUCCAGUACAUAGCAGUCAACCUGGUCAUUGCUGUGUUGUCGUGUGAGGAGUUCAUAGGAAAGGUUGCUAUGUUAGAUGACACCUGUAGUAUAGAAAUAGAGCCAUUGUACCAGUCUCUACUGGAGGAAAACCUCAAGUUUAUGCACCGUGUGGCUCAAGUGACAGAUGAGCAGUCUCAGACACCUGCUAGCAAGUUCUGGAGGAUUUUACUACACAAGGCAUAUGAUAUACUAGAUAAGGUUAACUCUUUGAUGCCUGGCAAAGUAUUUAUCCAAGUGGUGUCUGGUCUGAUGGCAAGUGAACUCCCACUGGUGAGACGUAAAGCAAUGGAACUUCUCAAUGCUAAACUGUAUUGCAACAAAGAUGCAUUCACUGAGGAACAGGAGAGUAAGCUAUUAGAGAUGGUUGACCAGCUUGUGUUUGUUGCCAAGACAGAGGAGACUGCAAAGGGAGAGCCCAGUGAACUUGCCAUCAACAGGCAAACUGCACUGUUCAGUCUUAAGAUGAUAUCUAAAGUCUUUGGGGAAGACAAUCCAGAGACUUUUAAACCUGUACUUGCGGCAGUGACUACAUUGUUCUCUAAGGAGGAGAGCAACCCUCAGCUUGCAGCCAGUGCACUGCAAUGUCUAGCAGAGCUAUGUGACUCAAUGGGACCUCACACUCUUCCUUAUAUGGGAAAGUUCAUGCCCGCAUUGUUGAAAGUCCUGAAGCAUCAAGCAGAUGGGAGCAAUGAACUGUUACAACUCAGCGCAGUUACGGCACUUCACAAAGUGCUCUUCAACCUCCAUAACUUUAUAAGCCCAUAUUUGGCUGAGGUCAUCAAGAGGGUCAUUGCAAUAUCUAGUGCACCAAGCAAGGAGUCCAGUGCAUACAGAGUACAGUUGCAGUUACGAUUAAAGGCAGUCAAACAAAGGAUAGCAGCAGCCAUCCCAGCUAGAGUGCUAGUUCCAACCAUAGAGAGCUGCUACUCUAACAUUGUGGAUAAAGAUGUUUCAAGAGUCCAAUCUCUCCUAGAGAUCCUUGGCGAUCACAUCACAAAUCUCAACAAGGAAGAUCUGAAGAGCUACCAUAGCGCCAUCUUUAACUUUUUCCUAGUGGUGCUUGACUACAGAGUUCUCCAUACUCAGAGUGAAAGUGCUGACUUAGAUGCUGUUGAGGCCAGUGCUAGUGAGGCUGUUAUGUCACUUGUUAUGAAACUGUCUGAGGCAUCAUUUAGACCAAUGUUCUUCAAGCUGUAUGACUGGGCCACUAGGAAUGAUGCCUCUACAGAGAGACUGUUGACAUUCUACAGACUUGUUGAUAGAUUUGCUGAUGGUAUGAAAGCAUUGUUCAAUCUGUUUGCUGGCCAUAUUAUCAAGAAUACUGCAGAUCUACUUGACAAGACUAACUGCUCAAAAACAGAUGAACUACUCUACAAGGAUGUUUCAAAGAAUGUUCAGUUAUGUGGUUACAUACUAGAUACACUGCACAAAGUGUGUAGACAUGACACAGAAGGCUUUUUGAACAAGGAGAGGUUUGACACACUUAUGCAGCCCUUAAUUGACCAGCUUGAGAAUGAAGAAAUAGGAGAGGACCUUUAUGAAGCCCAUGUUACAGAACAUCUUGUCCCUUGUAUUGCUCAGUUUGCUGUAGCCAUUGCUGAUGACUCCCUUUGGAAGCCUAUGAACUACCAGAUAUGUCUCCAGACCAGACACUCCUCCUCAAAGGUGAGGUUUGCUGCCUUGAGGGUACUACAGGCCAUAGGUAAACAGCUGGGAGAGUCUUACAUGGUACUGCUACCUGAGACAAUACCAUUCUUAGCUGAACUCAUGGAAGAUGAAUCCCUGCAGGUUGAGAAUUUAUGCAAGGAGGUUGUGGGGGAAAUGGAGAAAAUACUUGGAGAACCACUACAAAAAUACUUCUAGAUACAUAUGAUACAUAACCUUAGAAAAAACAAAUAAUAUUGAGAUGUACACUGUAUGGAAACUCCAGGGACUUUAUUUUUAUUAAUGUAAUAAACAUGGAUUGUUACAUGGAUGCUAUCUUACAAAGCCAACCUAAAGCAAGGCCUAGAGAAUCAUCUGAAACAUGAAUGUCAACGAUUUUAAUGCCUUCACAGGACAUGGUCCUUGCUAGAAGGAAAAGGAAUGGGUGAAGUUUACUGGGUGAUUUUUUUUAUUUGGAAUGCUGCUUAACUCAUUGGACAAUUUCAAUGUCUCAAUCAAUAGAUCUCCCAUUUGAGCUAUUUCCUUCAUUACUUUGCAUACUCAACAGUCUCUGAUCUGCUGCAUUGAUGAAGUGUUAUAUUAUGAAUAACAUAUUUGACUGUCAAUGUACUAUUAUGAUCAUGAAAUAUAUAUACAAAUGUGAAACGA